CUGAAUUCCUCAGAAUAGGGCGGCUGCUCUGAGACCAGUUUGGGCCUCAUUUUGUGUCCAGCAUCUUGUUGGCAUGUGGCCCCCCAGUGGUCCGAAAUCAGUUCCACGUUUGUAGAAACUCCAUUCGCAGACUCAUACUCCACCUCCAGGGAGCAGAACAGAUGCCUGAGGCUUUGUGAAGCUGAGCAGCACAGUGUCUGAGGUUCCCAGAAGCUAUGAAGUGUUUCAUCCUGGUGGUUGUGGGACUGCUGCUGUCCCCUCAGCAGGCACACGGCGGCAGAGAUGACAGGCCGAACUGCAAGCCGGUGACAGCCAGCUUCUGUCAAGGAGUCGGAUACACCACCACCCUCCACCCGACUGGAGUCCCAGGCUACAGCCUGCAGCAGAUUGGUCAGAUCGUGGAGACGGCCUGUUCACCAGCAGUCGCCACACUGAUGUGUCGCGUGGCUGUGCCAGAAUGCAGCUCAGCAGACGACAGCCGGCUGAAGCCAUGCCGAGCUCUCUGUGAGAAGGUCAAGACCGACUGUGACUCUGCCAUCAGAGCCAAGCGCUUGUCCUGGCCGACGAGGCUCCGGUGUGAAGCUCUCCCAGAGUCCAGCUGUGUGCAGGGUCUGCAGCCAAGGGUUAGUCCAACUCCCCCGGCAACAUGUCAGACCAUCAGCUCCACCUUCUGCUCAGACUUACUCUACACAGAAACCAUAUUGCCCAAUCUUCUUGGCCACAGAACCCAGGAGGAGGCAAACCUGGAAGUUCAUCAGUUUUUUCCCCUGGUGCGGGUGGGCUGCUCCCCUCGUCUGAAGCCCUUCCUCUGCUCCCUCUACACUCCUCAGUGUGUGGCAGGGAAAGCUCGGCCUCCCUGCAGGACGGACUGUGAGCAGGCCCGCUCCGGCUGCGAGUCCCUGAUGAACAAGUUUGACUUCGUGUGGCCUGAAAAAUUCAGCUGUGACAAAAUGACGACAGAUUCCUGUGAACACGGUCAAGACGGCGUCGAUGGCCAAACCCCCCUCGCCACCUGUCAGACGAUCACCGUGCCUCUCUGCAGCGACCUCCCUUACACCGACACUGCGCUGCCAAAUGUGUUCGGCCACAAAACCCAGACGGAGGCAGAUUUGGAACUACAACGCUUUCAUCCACUGGUGAAAGUGAAGUGCUCCCCUCAUCUGAAGCCUUUCCUGUGCUCCGUCUACACCCCGGAGUGUGUGGCCGGGAAGGUCCGCCCCCCCUGCAGGACGCUCUGUGAGCAGGCCCGGUCCGGCUGUGAGUCCCUGAUGAACCGGUUCGGCUUCACGUGGCCUGAGAAGCUCGGUUGUGAAGCGUUUACUAUGGAGUCCUGUGAACACUAUGGAGUGAGCAGCAGUGGGGGGAUCUGUGAGCCCAUCACCAUACCGAUGUGUGAGGGUCUGUCCUACAACCAGACCAUCAUCCCCAACCUGCUCGGGCACACGAGUCAAAGAGAAGCCGUCAUGAAGAUGUCCUUCUUCAACUCCAUAGUGCAAACCGUGUGCUCGGUGGACAUACGCCUCUUCCUGUGUAGAGUGUACGCCCCCCAGUGUGUGGCUGGGGAAGUGCAGCGGCCCUGCAGGUCUUUCUGUGAGCGAGCCAAACGGGGCUGUGAGGGGCUGAUGAGCAGUUACGGCGUUUCCUGGCCGGCUGAGCUGCAGUGCAACUUAUUCCCAGAGGAAAGGUGUAUAUCAGAAGACAGCAGGUCUGAGACGCUGAACGCAGAAGCCGUUCUCACUAAGCUGAAUGCUGGCGGCUUCACUGUUCGUGGCAAAUCCUUGAGUCUGAAGACGGCCCGUCUGCUGUUGACGCUCAUGGAUUCGGACCACACUGGAGACCUGGAUGUGCUGGAGCUCUUCAAGCUGGAGCAUUAUGUGGCCAUUAUCAGGAGGGAGUACGUGGAGAGCUACGAGAGCAGGAGCCCCUCCUCCGUCACUCAAACCCAAAUGAAGAGAGCUCUGUCUGUUCACGACUUCAGUUUAGACGAUGGAACUUUUCAAACUCUGUGGCGCGAGCACGGCUCCCGAGGUGGGAUCGACUACGAUGAGUACGUGGCGCUCCUCACGAGGCUCCAGAUCCUCAGAGGUCGUUUCAAGGCCCACCUGCUGAAUCUGCCAUGUGACUGCCAGGUCGCCAGCUUCUCCUUCAAGCAGUUCUUGACAUCAGCCAUAAUCUGAGAAUCAAGUGGGAGCUGAGCUGAAGGAAACAUUUUUAAACCUUGAUUCUAUUUCUUUAACGGCAGCGGAGCCGGGAAGGAGCAGAAACGUUCAACCUGAGGCUUCUUCCUGUUCAUGCCUGAAGUUUGAAUUGUGUCACUGUUGUGUUAAACCUGUUCUUUCAAAUCAAAUUAAAAAACAUUCUGUAAAAUUGUUACAUCUCAUAUUAAAACUACAGU